AUGUCUACAUACCCCUUUAACGGCAAGUGUGCUAUAGUGACCGGAGCGGGUUCAGGCAUCGGCCACGCGUUGACUAAGAUCCUCCUCUCAUCUGGAUACUCCGUCGUGCUCGCGGAUCUCAAGCUCCGCCCAGAAGCUGAGCAGACGCUGGCGGAAUAUGAAUCCACUCCAGGCUCGGCAACUGCCGUGUUCCAUCCCACAGACGUAUCGAAUUGGAAGCAACUAGCAUCCCUCUGGGAGGCCGCGAUUGAGUGCUUUGGCCGCGUCGACAUCGUCGCCAGCGUAGCAGGAAUUUAUGAGCCACCCUCGAGUAACUUUUGGAAGCCACCGGGGAUCUCUCCGGUAUCCCGUGACCCGGCCGACGCAUCCACUGGACAAUACAUGACGUUCGCAGUCAACCAAAUUGCUCCCAUCAGGCUAGCGCAGAUUGCCGUCGACUACUGGACACAACAUCGCGACAUUCAAGGCAAUUUCCUGGCGGUCGCGAGCAUUUCAGCAUACCUUCACUCCAUUGAGACACCAUUGUACAUGGCGAGCAAGGCGGCGUUGGUUAGCUUCGUUAGAUCGCUGGGCGCGCUUCGAGAUCUGUUUGGCAUACGAAUGUCGGCCGUAUGCCCCGGUCCCGUUCUUACUCCAAUUUUCGAACCCGGAUGGAACAAGAAGUUGACUGCAGAUGACGUCUAUCUCACACCGGAAGAGUGUGCAGCCGUAAUUCUCCGUGUGAUGCAAGAGCCCCAAUGGGGGAAUGGUAGUAUUGUGGAAACCCAGAAAAUAGGAGAUAAGAAAGCGUCGGAAAUCAUUGUGCGCGAUGUGCAUCUGGAACAAGUUUAUCCCACGAAAUACGGGAAGCCGAGCGAACGUGUGAUUCAAGGCAGGCAGGAUCUUGUGAAGAGAAUUCAGGAAACUGGACUGAGAGGUUAG